UAAGAGCAUCACACUGCCUCCUAGCCAUUGCAGCCGGUUAGUUAGCCAUUAGCAAGCAACUAACAAGAAUUAGGAGCACGGGAAAGUUUCAGCCUGAGCUAGCAAACCAUAAAGGAAAGAGACAACCAACUUCUAACAAAGCACUAGUUAAGCAAGGUGCUGAAGCUAAAACUCCUUUUAAAGCAAAGGCUCUUGUAAAAGAAGCGUUCUCUCUUUGUGGAGAUGUCCUUGGCAGUGAAAGAGAAGACCCAGGUGCGUCUGGUGUUCCUUGGGGCGGCCGGGGUGGGGAAGACAGCCCUGAUCCAACGCUUCCUCCAGGACACCUUCGAGACCAAGCACAGGAGGACGGUGGAGGAGCUCCACAGCAAGGAGUACGAGAUCAGCGGGGUGACGAUCACCAUCGAGAUCAUGGACACCAGCGGCAGCUACUCCUUCCCGGCCAUGAGGAAGCUGUGCAUCCAGAACAGCGACGCCUUCGCCCUCGUCUACGCCAUCGACGACACCCAGUCCCUGGAGGUGAUCAAGAGCCUGCGGGACGAGAUCCUGGAGCUCAAAGAGGACAAGUUCACGCCCAUCGUGGUGGUGGGAAACAAGAUGGACCGGGAGGAGGGGAGGCAGGUGCCCAGCGAGGCUGUGCUGUCCACUGUGGAGCUUGACUGGAACAAUCGCUUCCUGGAGGCUUCGGCCAAGGACAACAAGAACGUGGUGGAGGUCUUCAGUGAGCUCCUGCAGCAGGCCAACCUGCCCAGCCGCCUGAGCCCAGCGCUAAGGCGCCGGAGGGAGACCUUCCCCAAGGACAGCAGCUCCCGGCCGCCCAUGAACAAGACCAACAGCUGCAGCAUCUCCUAAUGCAGCCGCCCUGCAGAGCUGCAGCGAGGGUGAUCAACUGCAACAGCUGACAGGACAGCCUGCCCACAGUGUCUUUAACUGAUGGUGCUGUGAGGACAAGGCGUUGAAGAAGUACAGGAUAAAAGCAUGGCUUCAUUCACAGUAUGAUGAGCUUUGCCUGGUGGUUGGUUUGAUGGUGAAGCUAUGUGUGAGAUCAAACAAAUGCAUGAGAGUUGUAUUUUUCCAUGUUAUCGGAGCAUUUGUUAUCGGAAAGUUUCUUUGCAAGGUGGCACCAGAGGUGCUGAGUAUAUUUAAAACGUGUAACAGGAGGAUUAUGCAGGACUGUGUACUAAUUUUUUAUCUAUCUAUCUAUCUAUAUAUUAGCUCAAAGAAACAGCUACCCAUAUAUAUUGCAUGUUGCAUUUCCUUGUGUAAAAAGCUUACUUUAAUCAAGAGAAAGCAAUACAUUUCUCAAAACUGUGACUGGCAAAUGCUGUCAUUUUCUAGAGCCGUUUCAGGACAGUGCAUGAAUUGAGUUUACACGUUGAUGCUGUUUAUAUCAGUCCGUGUGCUGUUAGCUCUGCACUGGUUGUUUGAGCUGCAGUGCUGGAGAAGCUGAGCACAGCCAGUGUGGUGCGUGUCAGUAGUUUUU